AGACUUAGAUGCACUAUUGUAAAGUGGCUGUUCCACUGGAUGUCAUAAGGUGAAAGCACCAAUUUGUAAGUCGCUCUGGAUAAGAGCGUCUGCUAAAUGACUUAAAUGUAAAUGUAACACGCAAACAUGCUCUCUCUAACACACAAACAUGCUCUCUCUAACACACAAACAGAAAACAAAAAGAAGAAAAGAAUGAUCAAUUGUCAUUUGUGUCAUAGAGGAUAUCAAAUGGUCCGUAGAGUCAGAUUUUUAAGGAAAAUGCUAUCAAUCAGUUAUAAUCAUACUACACUAACCUGGUUUUCAUUCUCUAUUUGUUGAACCUAAAUGAAGUGCAAUUCCACAUUUAAACCGGGAAAAAAGUGAAGACUAAAGUGUGAUAUGCAGAACUAAAGGCUCCAGUGUCACAUGGUUUGAAACCACUGAGUAUUUGGUCCCGUGGUGUUUCUAGAAUCAGGUUGGUCGACUUCAGUGUCCCCCUCCGAAUUCACCACCCAGUGACAUUUCCACAGGACAUGACUCACAGGAUGUGGCUGCUCUGCUGAACGUCUGCAAAGAGCACAGCAACCGAUAGGCCAACAAACAGCUAGGGCAUUCAAUGUGUGUGUACUAUGCUGUAUAACAUGUACUGUACAUGUGACUACACUACAUGGGGAAAUAUAAACAGCCAUCUGUAUUUCACUCUCAUAUUGAUUCUGCAUCUCCCCACCCCUCCAGCCAUAUCUCACCCCCCCAGGCUAUCUCAGCACUGCUCUGGGGUUGUCGAGGUGCUCCAUCGAGGGCUGUGGAGGCCGGUGACCUUUGACCUUGGGUCUGCAGAGUGGGCCAAAGUGGUGGAGGACAUAUGUACCAACCUGAGCUGCGGGGCAGUGUAUGAGCUCCGACAGAAUGGCACAGCUACUUUAAACUACUCCAGCUCAACGUGUCUGAGCCAGUGUGUCUACAGAGACCUACUGGUGGAGAACUGUACAGAGCUCUCAUACACGGACUGCUCUAACCUGACUGAGAUAACCUGUGGGCACCAGGCCGUGCGAUUGGCUGGAGGCUCACACCACUGUGAAGGACGGGUGGAGUUGUGGAGAGAGGAAAAAUGGGGAACGGUGUGUGACGAUAGUUGGGACCUGAGAGAUGGGGGCGUGGUCUGUGCUCAAUUGGGCUGUGGCUCUGCCCUAAAUGUGAGUGGGGAGGACGGGUCCUUUGAAGCGGGUGUUGGUCUGGUUCUCUUAGAUGAAGUGAACUGUGGGGGGAGCGAGAGGAACCUAUGGGAGUGUCCCUCCAUGGGGACAGUCAACGACUGUGGACACAAAGAGGACGCUGCAGUGGUUUGUUCAGGAAUUCCAUCUCAACCAGGCAACGAGACGGCAGAACAGAACACCCAGACUUCAACCACAGGCUCAGUUCUACUAGUCACCAGUGCAGAGAGCCGGUCCUCUCCUCCCGUAGCUGCUGUCUGGGGCUGCAUCGCAUUGUCUAUAGCCCUCCUCCUCACACUCCUCUCCAAUGCUUCACUCUUCCUGUCUUACAGGAGGAGAGCUGCACUUCUGGUUCACCAAAGACAAGAUGGCCGCUUGCUGUCCAUCCAGUCUCAACACACCGACCGAGGGGAGAGUGUCAACCUCCUCACAGUCACCAUGGACACAGCUGAUUACACUCCACAGUACCUUUCCAAACAGCCCUCUCAGAAUGACACCGAAGCCUCGUGUGACUCUGACUAUGAAAACGAUGACUUCAAUGACCAACCCUCUGUUGCCAUGGCUACUGCACUUGUCAGGGUCCUUGACAAUGGAGUGAGCACAAGCAGAGAGCCAUGGGAAACCACGCAGACAGCAGAGACCUCUGACGCUCCUGAGAAAUAUAAUAUUGUUACUGAGACAAUCAAUGGCAUUGAGAGAAAUAACACUGCCACCCAAAGCUGUCAUUCGCUGGUGUCAUCCAGCACGUCUUCUGGGGAAUGCUAUGAGAACAUUGAGACACUGGAGAAGGAGCUGCUGGACUCAGGUCCAGAUUUGAGAAAAACUGCCCUCACAGACUUGAUCUGUGGAAGAGAGCCAUCCUUGGGAUCGAGUAGCAGUACAUCAUCAGGGGAAUCCUACUACAACGUGGGGAUGGCAGUGGAACAGCAUCUACAGUCAGAGAACACCUAUACGCAUUCCCCUGUGCAAUCAACCAGUACACACCAGGAUCAGCAACAGCCUGUGAACAGUAGCUGCCACCUACUGAGCAAUCAAAAUCAAGAAGAUUCAAGCAGCUCAUCCUCUUCGGAGCUUUAUGAGAACAUAGGAGUCCAAGAUGAAGAGGGGAUUGGUGAUGCUACUGUGAAAGAAGACCCGGACCAGUCUCUUUCUGACAGUGACUACGAUGACAUAACAAAUUACUAGCAUUUCAUCAAACAUAGCAGUGAAGUGAGAACUAUCAUCAUUUACAUUUUAGCAGAUGCUCUUAUCCAGAAAGACAUACAGGGGAAAUGAAGUGUAAUUGCCUUGCUCAAAGGUACAGACAGAUAUGUUUUCACCUCGUUAGCUUGGGGAUUCGAACCAGCGACCUUUCUGUUACUGGCCCAACGGUCUUAACCCCAUUCGCUUCUCCACUACACAGAAUGACCAGCAUUGUCAACAAACUACACUGUCACUGAUAUUGAUUUAAUACAGUGAUCUGAGCCACACAAAGCACAGUCAAUGCACAUCAAACUUUUUAAACUUGAAAUUCAAUUGUGUUAAUAUUAUCAAGGAGAAAAAGCUAAAAAAAAAUAAUAAGUGCAUACAACAUCUAUUCAACUAUGACUAAAUAUGAAUAGCCUAGUCUAUACACGCAUAUGCAGAUGUUUUGUACAGAAUAUGAGCACAUUUUUUACUAUCCAAAAUACCUACUUCUGACUGGGCUAUCACAACAAAUCCUCACAACAAAUCCCAUGAAUGUCUUUGGCAGUUAAGCGUUUUUUAUGGUUCCCUGAUGAUGAAUAAAUUAGUACAUAUUUAAUAAACUAUACACAGACUACUUAA